CCAAAUCCCCCCCCCCCCGUGACCCCAUAACCUUCCGGGAUCGCUUUCUGCCAUCAUCGGCAGGGGCAGCGCUUCCCGCUCGGCGCCUGCGCUCGCCGCGCCGCCGGAGCCUCUGCCGGCCUGGGCACGGCCCAAAUCGGGGGUGUCCCCCCCUGGUGCUGCCACCGGAGCCCCCCCAAAACCUGCCGGGCCCCCCCACCGUAAGCGCCGCGGAACGAUGGGCUGAACGCGUCCGGCAUCUUGCAGGCACAGGCCGGGCUGGGGGUGCGGCAAACAAAGACCCCCCCCAAAAAAAGCCCCUCGGCGCGGUGCGGGGGGUGUCACCCGGGACCCCCCGGUUGUCCCCGAGGAGCCACCGGUCCCGGUUCGAGGAGCGACAGCGCCGGGAGCAGCAGGUGCCCCCAUGGCGUCGUUCCGCAUCCGGCAGUACCAGGACCAGGACUACGAGGCCGUGCGGGCGCUGUUCGCGCGCGGCAUCCUGGAGCACGCUCCGGCCGGCUUCCGGCACGUGCUGCGGGCGGCGCGGGUGCGCCUGGCGCUGCUGGCCGUCUUCGUGGCGGCGCGGGCGGCCGCGGGCUCCUGGGUGCUGGGGCUGGGCGCGGUGGCGCUGGCGCUGGUGCUGCUCUGGGUGCUGGUGCGCUCGCUCAGCGCCGAGUACGUGCGCGAGGCGCUCUGCACCGACCUGUGCGACGUGCCCGGCGCGUACCUGCGCCCGCCCGACCGCCGCUUCUGGGUGGCCGAGGAGGCCGGCGCCGUGGCGGGCAUGGUGGCGGCGGUGCCCGCGGGCCGCGGCGAGCUGGAGCUGAAGAGGAUGUCGGUGAGCCGGGAGCACCGGGGCCGCGGGCUGGCGCGGGCGCUGUGCCGGGAGGUGCUGGCGUUCGCCCGCGCCCGCGGCUACGGCGCCGUGGUGCUCAGCACCUCCGCGGUGCAGGUGGCGGCGCAGCGGCUCUACGAGGGGCAGGGCUUCCGGAAGGUGGGCUCCUCGUACCCCUCGCUGCUGGGCACCUUGCUGAACUUCCAGAUCUUUCACUACCGCUGCGACUUGGGGGAUGGCACUAAGUAGGGCCCGGGUGGCGCCGCAGGGACGGAGGGUCCGGCGCGGCGCCCCAGACCUGGCACGCAAGGCACUGCCAAGCUCCAGCUCCGGCGCCGCGAGCCCGGGACAUGAGGCGAUGCCGUGGCACGCGUGGCGCUGCCGUGGCAGCCGAACCCUGGCACCGCCCUGCCCGUGAACCCUGGCACUGCUAUGGCACCCCAAACCCGGCCCCGGGACACCACCCCGUCACUGCGACCCCAAUCCCGGCACAGCAGCACCGGCACAGCACCGCGAUCCCAGGACACGGAGCACCACCAGCCUGGCACUGUUGGCACACCCGGGACGUGUGGCACUGCCUUGGCACCCCAGUUCUGGGACGUGUGGCACUGCCUUGGCACCGUGACACCGGGACGUGUGGCACUGCCUUGGCACCCCAGUUCUGGGACGUGUGCCACUGCCUUGGCACCGUGACACCGGGACGUGUGGCACUGCCUUGGCACCCCAGCUCCGGGGCUCCACCACAGCACUCCAACCCUGGCACGUGAAGCACCGCCAUGGCACCCCCGAUCCCCACCCUGGCACAGGGGGCACCUCCGUGGCCCUUCCUGGAUUUCCAGCGGCAGGAAAUAAAGAGAGAGACCUGUGGGAACA